GCCAUCACACAGCCCCGGCGCAGGCGCAGCAGCGGUACCCAGGCAAGAUGGCGGAGGAGGAGCCGAGGAGGCGGAUCCCGCUGGUGCCGGAGAACUUGCUGAAGAAGAGGAAGGCCUACCAGGCCAUCAAGGCCACCCAGGCCAAGCAGGCGCUCCUCAACAAGCGCAAGCACCAGAAGGGAAAACAGCUCCAGUUUAAACGCCUGGAGGCUUUUGUUCGAGAUUCAUGGCGCAAACACCGAGAUGACACCCGGCUGAGGCGCAUGGAACAGAGACCUCCGCAGAUGGCUGUACCUCAGGAGCACAAACUAGCCUUUGUUGUGCGGAUUGCAGAUAUUAAGGGGGUGAGCAAAAGAGUAAGAAGAGUGAUAGAGUUGCUGCGGCUCAGAAAAACUUUUACUGGAAUAUUUGUUAAACUGACUCCGUUAUUGCUGAAGAUGCUGCGGAUUGUGGAACCGUAUGUCGCAUGGGGGCACCCUAACCUGAAAUCCAUACGAGAGCUCAUCCUGAAACGGGGCCAAGCCAAGAUUAAGAAAAAGAGGAUGCCUCUGACAGACAAUAUGCUGAUAGAGGAACAUUUAGGGGACUGUGGUAUUAUUUGCCUGGAAGACCUUAUUCAUGAGAUCCAUUCAGCUGGGAAGCAUUUCAAGAAAGUCACAAAUUUUCUGUGGCCAUUCCAUCUGUCAGUGGCUCGCCAUGCUUCACGUAACAAAGUAGGUUUCCUCAAGGAAAUGGGUAAGCCUGGCUGCAGAGGCGAAGCAAUCAACCAGCUUAUACGUCAGCUGAACUAGUCAGGGUCUUUGUGAAAACUUAAGGAUUUGGACCCUGUUCCUUCUCACAUGCAGUUUUCAUGGACGUUUUCUCUGUCCAAUGAUAUGCUCUAGUUCUUGACUGUAUAUGUUUUUAUGUAUUUUUCUCUAUAAAGAAAAAAUAUACAGAUGGUUAUGGAGAUGAGACUUCAGGCUGGUCCUUCUUAAAGCAAAUAAAUUGUGCUUGGUACAAGGAAAGUGACUUGAACUCCCUGAAGCAAUCUGACUUCUGCAUCUCUGCAAAACAAUUUUUUUUAGUAUUCAUUACUGCUGCCUCUAUACCUGUCACUUCCUGAUCUCAUAUCUGGUAUAAAGCAGUGGUUGUCAGUUCCUGAUUUAAAUGUGGCACAUUUGAUUUCCACUCACACUUUCCAUCCUGUACUCCCCAGUGAAAACACUUGAAGCUUCAUGCCUUGAAGUGCACUUCCUUAAGGCUAAAGGGGUGGUGCAGUCAUCUCUUUAACACAAAUUGCUGACAGGCAGAAGGAAACAGGUGUUCCUCUGUUGCUGCAGUGCAAGCCCUAGCAGUGAACGAUGUAAUGUGUUUGAAGUACCUAGAUUGUUUUAAAAAGCAAUGAUUUUCAUGCUAGUGAUUUACAGAAGGCUGUAUUUUCACUUGUGCUAGGUUCACACUGCUGGAGAGUGCUAUUUCCUGAUAAAGAGCCAGAAACUUUGUAAUAGAGUGAUAGAGUACAUGUUUAAACGUGUGGGGUUUUUUUUAAUAAACUUUUAAAAAUACAGUUACAGCAGGAAGAAUUGUGUGUAUAUGACUCUAGAAGAGUGGAAAGAGGUAAAUACUCUGCAUGAGCAGAGAUUGGUGAAGGACAUGAACAAAAACACUGAAGAGCC